AUGAUUCCGGCGGGAUGCACGCCGCCGAUUCUCGUCCUGUUCACCGACGCCGACCCGGCAGGCUACGAUCCACGAACAGGGUGCCUGAAAGAGAUCAACGAGCUAUCCAUUCAUCACAACUCGUUGCUCCUGGAGUCCUUGCACGAGCUACGGGCCAGACACCCGGAUGUCGAGAUCAUCUACGCAGAUUUCUUCAGCCCCAUCAUGAAGAUGGUAGAGUCGCCUGCCAAGUUCGGUCAGUACCAGCACACAGUGCAUGUCCCAAACCUGCAUUGCUCUUCAUGGUCAGGGCCUGGGAGGUACCACCACAACUACGUCAUCUUUUGCAGCGAUGCAGAUACGAUCACAUGCAAGGAUCCAUCUGCUCGCUUGUUCUGGGAUGGCGCCCACUUGACGGAGGCGGCUAACCGGUACAUCGCCGGCGACUGGCUGAGCAGCACAAAUCAGACUCCGACUGGUAGCAGUCAGUAA